CUAUCCUUCGACAGACAGAAGACUUUUGCUCUCUGUUAGUAUGCGCCUCACCCUCACCGAUGACACUUUAUCCGGGCUCUGCGACAACUUUUACUUACGGUGGUGAAUUUACACUGGACCCUGACGCGUUUAGGUGAAAUGCAUCAAACAAACGUCCGUUAAUACGCAAACAACGGUGUCGAAUUAACCUUAUUUUUUGUAAUUGAUAAUAUUUAAAUUUUACAUACAUAUAGUGUGAUUUGACACAUACACACUAAAUAUCUACAUAAACGGAUUAAUGUGAGUGAUUAAAAAGUUUCCGUUUUAAAUGUGCCCUCUCGGAUGGUUUUUCGGCCCUCGAUUGUGAACUGUUUUGGUGAUAAUUGUUCCGCAACGCAAAUUCAUCAGAAAAAUAAGUGCAACUUUGAUAUUGUGAAACAUGAAUGCAGAAGAAGUCAAAGUUGGUUGUUUCCAAGUGGUCAUCGCAAUACUCUUGGCUGUUAAUUAUGUUAUCGUCGCUAUGAGCCAUGCAUUACCGGUCUUUCAUAAUUACACGCCGAAAUUUUAUUGUCAGAUUAGAAAUGAAACGAGACGAGCGUACGGAUGCCAGGAUUUGCGCAACGUAACUGUUGCAAACAACGAGACUUCCAGUCUCGAAGAUGAUUCCGUCUAUAAAGACCUCUGUUUUGGUGAUUAUCAAUUCGCUACGGAGUUCGGCGAGAACAGUGUAGUGACAGAGUGGGGUUUGAUUUGUGAAAAAAGAUAUUUAACUUUCCUUGGGCCUACAAUUUAUUAUGUAGGAGUUCUAAUAGGCGCCUGGAUCGCAGGCAUAUUGGGUGAUCGUAUCGGAAGGCUUCCUGUACAAGCUAUUUGCCUUUACACUCAAGGGACCAUGGCUGUUGCGCUAUAUGUCGUGCAGCAUUACCCCACGUUCUUGGCUCUUCGUGGACUACAAGGAGUUUUUGUCCAGGGUUUACAAAAUUCUACAUAUAUUCUUUCGUUGGAAUUGUUCCCUGCAAAAGCUCGCACAUUCGUUGCAUUAGUUAUGCAAAUUGCGUGGGCCAUCGGUCUACUACUUUUGGCUGCAUUAAGUUAUGUCAUACCAGACUGGAGAAUUCUGCAGCUCGCAAUUUCAGUUCCCACUGCAGUUACCGUACUCUAUAUUUGGAUCGUACCGGAGUCACCAAGAUGGUUACUCGCGAAGGGUAAAAUCACAGAGGCAGAUAUGGCAUUGGAACGUAUCGUUAAGUACAAUGGUUGCUGUAUAAGAUCUCAUAAAGAAAAUGUUAAGACGGAAGAAAUCGAGACUGAGAACACGACACCGCUCAAACCAGAAAGAAAGUCACGCUUGUCAUCCUCAGAUUUAAAGAAAUUAAAAACGGACACCGAAAUGAAAGAAGAAUCUACUAAUUUACUAACUAAUGACACAGAAAGUGUUCAGCAAAAAACUCGAAAAUCGAGUUUAAUAGCUAUUUCAGAAAACCUAGAAGUGAAACAUCCCAAAACGGAAUCAACCGUAAAUUCCCCUGAAAAUAGUGAAGUAGAAAAAAAGAACGUUCCUUCGAGUUCGAAGAGCCACCGCAAAUCAAAAUCCAUAUCCCAACCGGCAGGUGUUCAACGACUUUCCAUGAAAAAUGCAUACGAUAUCGUCGAGCUGAGAACUGUUGCAAGCAAGGAGAUGUUAUCUAAAGACGAAGGGAUAGUGGAGAAUAAAGUUAAAGAGAAACCUCAAAAGGCACGUACGACGCAGGAGCUGAAAGAUUUGUUCAAGUCCACGUUGUUAAGACGAUACAGCAUAGUAUUGUUUUGUCAAUGGUUAACGUCUUCCAUAUCAUGUUGCGUGUUCAUGACACUGGCACCAAAUUUUUCUAUCAACCGGCACAUCACAUUUGCGCUUGGCGGAGCAUUAGAAAUUGCGACCUACGUGUUCGUCUACUUUGUAUUAUCUAGAUACGGUAGACGAGGACCAAUGUCUAUAUAUCAGUCUCUCAACGGCGUUAUUUGCAUUUUACUGGCUGCUAUGAUCAUUUUGGCAAAACCUGUGAUUGAAGUCGACCUCACGAAGACCAUUAUACUCUCACUUGGCAGAGUAACAGUGAUGAGUACGAUUUGCAUAGCAUAUUUAUAUACAAUUGAGAUCUACCCGACCGUUGUACGAGGGACCUGUUUGGGUUUGUGCACCAUUGUCGCAAAAAUCGGUAGUUUGUGCACACCACAUGUAUUGUUAACGGGUGAAUACGUUUCUGUAACCAUUCCGUUAAUUGUCAUCGGAAUGCUCUGUUUAGUAUCUGGAGGUCUUGCUUUAAUUCUGCCAGAAACUGUGAACACCGUUUUACCAGAUACAGUAGAAGAUUCAGAAUUGUUAUCGGUAAAGACGAGGGAGAAGAGGAAUAACGAGAUUAUAAAUAAUGAAAAUUUGUUGAAGGAGGAUGAUUUAUUAGAAAGAGAAGUACUUCGAACAAAACUUUUUUCGGAAGAUUGGGUAGAUGCCGGAAAUGGUAUAUUAGUUAAUUUUACAGAUAACAAACCUACUGAGUAAUAGAAUUAAAUACAUAUAGAAGGAUUAAUUAAAAAUGUUAAGUUUAAUUUAAUACGAGGAUUACGUUUCUAUCGAUAUUAAUAUUGAUAAAAUUUCUAUCAGUUGUAAUAAAUAAUUAAUAUUAAUUUUAUAAGCGAUCAGCAUCGUUGAUGAUUUAUGAAAUAGUAAAAGAUGUAAAUGUUGUUGAAUUACAAUAUUCAGAACGAGACAAAUUGUAAAUUGAUGUCAAUAACAAACGGCAAAUAUAUUUAAAGUCCAACUGAAUAAUAUAUAUUUCCCAAGAAUACAAAAUAACAGAUAUUUGAAACAUUUUAGUGAAAAAAUUUAUCAUUCAAUUUGAAGUUAGUAAUUGCGAAAUAUAAAAAAGAUUCCAAAAACUACAUGAUUAAAGGUUUACAAUUUUUGGUUAAAAUUAACCGAAAAUUCUUCGGUUACUUAUAAUAAUUUUUAACAAAUAGAAUUUAUUCCAGUUAUUCAUAACAGUCUCUCUCUCAUCGGUGAUGCAAACUUUACUUCGACAACCAAUAACCGUUAUCAAUAAAAGAAAUUGUAUUUCAAAUGAACAUUGUUCAUUUUACUUGUUUUGAUGAAUAGAUUUACCCCCUGAAGGGUUGAUACAUACAUUUAUGAAACACCUUGUAUAAUGCAAUAUGUGUUCGAAAUAUAAUUUCUCUCAUUUGCAACUGUUACGAGUGAUUGAAAUAGAAUUUCCCUCUCUGAUAACUAACCGAAAUCAAUUUUUCUCAUCGCUACUGUUAUAAACAAUCGGAAUAGAGUUUUUUUUCAUAAUUAACCCUCGCUGGUUGGACGUUCACACGAAGUCUCAUGAUAGACAUUUGAACUGAAAUUUUGUUGUUAUUAUCGUCAUUAUUAUUAUUACUAUUAUUUUAAUGUACUUUGUUUUCAAUUUCUAAGAAGAGUUGUACUAAUCAUAUAAUUGAAUAAUAGAAGAAUAUAAAAAAUAACAUCAAGUGUCAGACGGACAAAGCAGAACCAAAGCAGCUUUGGGUCCGAAAAUACCCUGGCGUAGUAUGGCGAGGGUUAACUUAAACAAUUUUUCCCUCAUGAUUAUAGACAAGAAAAACAACAUUUCGAUCACAUAAAUAUCAUUUAUAACUAAAAGCAUUUAGUUAUAAAUAAUAAUCGUUAUGCAACGAUUUUUUCAUAUUGAUUAUAAUUAAACUGCGAAUUUUAUGCAUUGAUGACAAAAAUGAAAAUGUGGAAUACGAAAUGACAAAUACAGGAAAUACGUUUAACAAUAUUGUUAAAUUAUUUUCAAGUUAUUAAAAAUGUUAAAAAUGAAAAUAAAUUUUUAUUUAACCCCGUUUGUUGUAAUCAAGGUAGAGGAUUUUUAUUUUGAUUAUGGUCCCUGAUUUAUGCAAAAGAUUGUUUCAAAUGUAAAAAGGUAUAAACUGCGAAUAGUUGAAAACGCUCCGAAAUUAUUUUGGCACUUGCGAAUUUCUUCUGCUCAGUUACAUUUUUUGUGACAUGAUUUAGAAUUAACUGUAUGAUGAUGGUUUUACUUCGAAUGCUAUUCAUACUAUAUCCUAUCCAAUAAACCAAAUCAAUGUAGAUAACUAAA